AUGCUAGCCAUCAGUAGAGUCCAGAAACAAACAAGUGCUCUUAGACUACUUCAACUAUCGUCUCGCUUUCACACUUCAUCUUCCCUACACAAAGCAAACAGAAAUAUUGCUUUCGUAUUUGACAUCGAUGGAGUCCUAAUCCGAGGCAAGAAGCCAAUCCCACAAGCGAGGUCAGCUUUGGAAUUACUCAAUCGUGAAAAGAUACCGUUCAUACUAAUGACUAAUGGCGGUGGAGUACUAGAAGCGGAGAAAGCCAAGGAAGUUACCCACAUUAAUGGUGGACCUGAUAUUUCACCGUUGCAAGUAGUUCAAAGCCAUACACCCAUGAAGGCACUAGUGCAAGAUCCUGAAUUCAAUCGUGUUUUGGUUGUUGGUGGUAAUGGUGAUAAUGCUAGGAAGGUGGCACAAGAGUAUGGGUUUAACGAUGUAAUCAUGCCCAUUGAUAUUGUGAAAGCCAACAGGUCGGUGUCACCGCAUGCCAUGUUCACCAAAUGUGAUUUCGAUGAAUAUGCCAUUGACAUUGACUUGAAAACCCCUAUUGAUGCAAUCUUGGUGUUUAAUGACCCUCGAGAUAUGUCGACUGACGUUCAAGUUGUUCAAGAUUUACUAAAUUCAAACAAUGGUUUAAUUGGAACCAAGCGGAGCCUAAAGAGUGUUGAAGAUAGAGCAAAGCCGUCGAUUCCCAUCAUUUUCAGCAACAAUGAUUAUAUUUACGCCAAUGAUUUCCCACUACCAAGAUUUGGUCAAGGAGCAUUUCGGAUCAUAACUGAGACGUUAUACAAUACCACCAAUAAAUUGUCAUCGCCAAACAAUCUCCAGUCGUUAAUUAUGGGCAAACCGUUCAAGUUGCAAUAUGACUUUGCUCACCACGUCUUGAUCGAUUGGAGAGAUAAAUUGAUAUCAAAAAAGUUUGAUGCCAAGCAGAUCCUCCCUUUACUUGGUUCAGUUCCACUGGAGUCCCCUUUUACCGAUAUAUAUAUGGUGGGCGAUAAUCCAGAAUCAGACAUCAAGGGAGCCAAUGAUAAUGGUUGGCAGUCAAUAUUGUUGAGAACUGGUGUUUUCCAGGACGAAGAUUACGAUAGCAUCAUCGCCAAGCCUACUGUUGGAGUGUUUGACAACGUUGAAGUUGCGGUUAAGCAUGUGUUGCAGAAACACGAUAUACCUAUACAUUAG